GCCUCCCGUGGGCUUGUGUGAUUUUCGUUGAACGGUUUAUUUACGUUUCGUGAUUAUUAAAAUUUUCUUUGCUUUUGCAUUAAAUUAUGGCUUCAAAUCAACAGUUUUGUUUAAGAUGGAACAAUCAUCAAAGUACUCUAAUAUCCGUGUUCGAUCAUUUACUGGAAAGUGGUACACUCGUGGAUUGCACUCUAGCUGCUGAGGGUCAGUUUUUGAAGGCCCAUAAAGUUGUUUUGUCGGCAUGUAGUCCAUAUCUUGAGGCUCUUCUAAGUCAACAUUAUGAAAAACAUCCGAUUUUGAUCCUCAAAGAUGUAUCAUUCCAUGAGCUGAAGUCGAUGCUCGAUUACAUGUAUAGAGGGGAAGUUAACAUAUCACAAGAACAAUUGGGCACCUUCCUUAAAGCAGCUGAAUCCCUUCAGAUCAAGGGACUUACUGAUUGUGGAGCCAUGAGUGAAAAUCGGGAUAUGGAACGUUCGCGCGAUAUUGAACAUGGUCUUUUACCAAGUGACUUUGCUCGAAAUGAUCGGUCCUUAACUUCAACUCUGCCUAAGAGAAACGAUAUCAGGAAACAAAUUCCAAUUCUACCUCGUCCUCGCUCACCUCUAGUCGGCCUUCCUGCUAACUUCAUGAUUAACGCUGACUGCCGGAAAGUUAACAGACAUUCUUUACAAAAAGAUGGUAAUCUAGGAACGUCAAAUGCAGUCCGUAACCGAGAAGGAAGCUUAUCUCCUACAAUUAAACGUAAAAGACCCUCAUCUUAUGUUUCACAAAAUGAUGAUCCCAAAGUGCCAACUUCUCUUGAAAAUAAUGUAGAACAAAACCACCAACUUAAAAGUGACAAAUUUCAAAAUUCAUCAUCACAUUCUCAAACCCUUUCAAAUUCUACGUCAGUUUCAUCCUCUAUCGGUGUUUCGGAUGCGAAGAAACCGUCGGAAAGUGAAAAUUCAGUUGACAGUGAAGUGAUAAAACGCGAAGUGAAAAUGGAAAAUGUGGAGUUUACUGAUGAAGUACAAAAUGAAGAUAGUGUUGAAGAUUUGACUGUGGAUGAAGAAGAGGAGGAAAUGGAUGAAAUGGAUCUUUCCCAGCCUGGACCAAGCACUGCAUCUAACAGUCUCGUUGCUGCUGUCCCGUGGCACAACGCCGGGGAAGGUAACAGUGAGGACGGACUGUUAGCUUCUCAGCACGACUCACAAGACGAGAACAACCCUCGCCCUUGGAGUGGUUUUUCAAAGACAAGAGGUGAUUGUAUCGCAGAAGGUGAAAUAAAGAAAGAGGUAAAAGAAAAUGUGGAGAAACCAAAGCAUCCGAAGAGCAAGAGAAACUACGGAGCGUUUAGUUGCCAAAACUGCGGAAGAUCUUACAUCAGGAAGGACUCGCUCCAGCGACACACUCUGUGGGAAUGCGGCGUAGAACCGAGGUUCCAGUGUCCAUUUUGUCCGCAGAAGUGUAAACGGAAAAGUCACUACGUGCGGCACCUCCAACGGCAGCAUCAAGACACUGUGUUGAGUCCGGAGAUAAAGUUAGAAGGAUCAGAUAUAGAGGGUAUAUUCGGCAAGUAAAUGUGCCAGCUUUACCUCAACUUCGAUACAAUUUGUUGUUUACGAAUUUACUUUAAAGUUAUUUAUGUAAUGGUGUUCAAUUUUAUAAUAUUUUGCAUCGUAAGGCUUCAUUAACUAAAAUGAUUAAAUCUUAUUAGUGUGAGUAAAGUUCUCGUUCCGUUGCAAAAUUUAAAGCCUGAAGCAUACAUACAUACAUACAUACAUACAAGCAAACAUUGCUCGUAUUAGAGUAUAGGAUUUAUAAGUAUUUUGUAAUACUCCAAGUAAGGUCCGAGGAUAUUUUUAUAUUUCUUGCUAACAUAGCUCCUUGUACAAUUUAAACCAAGUACACAAUAUGCAACUAGACCAAGUAUUUGAACAAUGCCUUAAUCGUAACAGGUCUUCUAAUAUUUACAGGGUAUAACUGACUUCAUUAUUUUUUGUAAGCACUAUCUAACUAUACACAAUGCUUAUAUAUAUUUUUUUAAUGCUCACCAAGAUGUAAAGUUUAAUUCUCAUCUGGUGUUAGCUCUAUUGUUAACACAGUGACCUUAUCAAGGAAGCUUCUGCCAAAUGUGCCAACAUGAUAUACUUGAUCUUAAUAUAAAUUGAAGCAUUUUAAUAUGUCUUAGUAUCAGAUUUUUGUAAUGUGCCUAACUUAAAACAAGUUUGGAUAACUGUCAAGGUGCCUUAGAUAAAUAGAUAGUUGACAACAAAAUAUAGUUUUUAUAAGGCUAUUAUAAGAUAAUCUUGAAUCUUAAAAAAUGAAUGAUAUUAAAAUGUGAUGCACUGUUAUUUGUUGCAGCUAUUCAAACUUAAAAAUAAUAUUUUUAGUGGUGGUAUUGAUGGAUAUUUUUAUACUAAAUUAGUUAUAAACUAAGAUCAGUUAUAGAGUAUUGAGAACAAAGUAGAAUAUUAGUUGUAAUAUUUACAAGUAUUAACAUUCCUUUUUGGCGUAAUUUUGUGGACUGCAAAAAUAUUUUAAUUUGAUUAUAUUUUGAUCAAAUUUGUUAAAUACUGAUUGAUAGAAAUUUCUUAUAAUUUUAUACUGUGAUUUUUUUCAUAAUUUAAAAAAAUCGUUUAAAUUUAUUGGUUUAGCGGUUUUAAAAGAAGUUAUAAUUUACUUAAGAGGGUGUUAUCCUCAAAUACAUUCCUUAAAAGUUUAAGUUUUGUUUUGCUUAUUGAAUUCUAAGUUUUUUGUUUGUUUUUAGUUUUGUGUUUUAAAUGGUAGCGAUUCUGCGAUUAACCAAGGCAACAAUCCACAUUGUUUUUAAUAGACUGAAUAAUUUAAUAGACUAAGAUGAAUAGUAAAUUUGUACCACAUUUAUUAUUCUUGGGGACCAAAAAACCAAUCCUUGCAUCCACAGAUUUUUUAUUUUCAAAUUUUUUUUGUUAAUUUUACACUUGUUAGUAUUUUAAAUUAUCUCAAUUAAUAUUCACAAAGUAUUUUAAAUUGUUGGAUAAAAUGUAUAUGUAUAAUGCUUUAAUAGGGUAGCUUAUAACAUAUUUUUAUACAUGACUGCUAGGCUAUAAUAGCAUGAAUGAUAUUACUGAAUUACAUACUCAACGAAUUUAUUAAUUAUUAGAUAUUAAAAGGUAAUUAUCAAACUAGCUCAUUGAUAAUCAUGUAUUGUUAUUGGUUUUGUUAUAUAUCU